CCCUCGCGUCCCGGUUGAACACUCAUGGUGAAGCAGCGCAUGCGAUUGGGAGAAAGAACCAACUUUGGGGGGGGGAGAAGUAGCCUACAACACAAAAUAGCUUACUAAGAGCUGUGAACAUGGCUGCAGUUACAACCAACGGUACCGAACAAGACUCAACACCGGCAAACGAGCAAAAUGGAACAUUGGCCAUGGGAGAGAACGGGAAUAAUAAGCAGGGCCCUACAGACUCGAAACAGGAACCGGGUGACAACGAGGACGAAACAGAAAUGGACGUGAGCAACCGAGACAGCAAAGAGGAGAAGCCUUCAGUCGCACCAGAAGUCGCCAAAGAAUCGAUUUUACCCACGGAAAACGGCAACAAAGAAGACGAACCGGCCUGUGAACUGUCUGAACCGGUUAAAAGUCCCGUGGAGGGAAUCCCUGCGAGCAGCACCGAAACCGGAGAGAGUACCGUGGAGCUGAAUCAAGAACAAAGAGAGGAGAGCGUGUCCUCGCCUCCUAGCUCCGACAAGACCAAAAGCGAGGAAUCCACGGAGAAAACCGACCACGGUAUCAAAAGACGGGCCAGUGUCGAGAUAUCAUCCUCGGAUGGAGAACCUCUCAGUCGAAUGGAUUCGGAAGACAGUAUCAGCAGUACUCUGAUGGACAUGGAGAGCACAGCGUCCAGCGGGCGCUCCACACCUGCCAUGAUGAACGGGCACGGCCCUGGCACCGCCACCCCGUCGGUGGGUAAGGGCGUGGCAUACACCUGCUGCUGGGACCAGUGCCAGCUCCUCUUUACCACCAGCCCAGACCUGGCUGAGCACAUCAGGGGCGUGCACGUGGACGGACAACGGGGAGGGGUGUUUGUGUGCCUGUGGAAGGGCUGCAAGGUGUACAACACCCCGUCGACCAGUCAGAGCUGGCUCCAGAGACACAUGGUCUCACACAGCGGAGACAAACCAUUCAAGUGUGUGGUGGGGGGCUGCAAUGCCACGUUUGCCUCCCAGGGGGGGCUAGCGCGCCACGUACCCACCCACUUCAGCUCCCAGAACUCCAACAAGCUGGCCAAUCAGGCCAAGAUGAAGGAGGAUUCACCUUCGAAGGCGGGGCUUAACAAGAGGCGGAAACUCAAGAACAAACGCAGGCGGUCUUUACUGUGUUCUGUCCCUCCAGCACGACCUCACGACUUCUUUGAUGCCCAGACCAUGGAUGCUAUCAGACACCGGGCCAUCUGCCUCAACCUGGCUACACAUAUAGAGAGCCUAGGCAACGGACACAGUGUGGUGUUUCACAGCACGGUAAUAGCGAGGAGGAAGGAAGAUUCUGGGAAGGUUAAAGUCCUCCUCCACUGGACUCCUGAGGACAUACUACCUGAUGUGUGGGUGAAUGAGAGUGACCGGCCGCAGCAGAAGACCAAGGUGGUCCACCUCUCCCAGCUUCCCCAGGAGACACACGUACUGUUGGACCCCAACAUAUACAGGAUGUUCUUCUAGAGACUAAGAAGGACCAAUCAAAAGGGACUCAGAAGGAGCCUGACGAUGUCACCCCGCACAGGAAGUCUCUAUGUCAUAUCCUGUCUGGACAGGAGUGGAGAAGACCAGAGAUUUCAAUACCUCUUUUAUUCCCCCCUUUUUCACUUUCUGCUCUUUUCACUUUCUUUUCAAUGUCAAAUUCCUCCAAAUGAUGAAGUGAAUUUAGUAUUUGUUUUCAAUGGUUUCUGAAAAUACACUAUAUAUACACAGUAGUAUGCAGCCACCUCUUCAAAUUAGUGAAUUUGGCUUUUUCAGCCACACCCGUUGCUGACCGGUGUAUUAAAUUGAGCACAGCCAUGCAAUCUCCGUAGACAAACAUUGGCAGUAGAAUGAAGAGGGUUUCCAUGGCCGAGCAGCCACACACAAGCCUAAGAUCACCAUGCACAAUGCCAAGCGUCAGCUGGAGUGGUGUAAAGCUUGCCGCCAUUGAACUCUGGAGCAGUGGAAACGCGUUCUCUGGAGUAUGAAUCACGCUUCACCAUCUGGCAGUCCGACGGACGAAUAUGGGUUUGGCGGAUGCCAGGAGAACGCUACCUGCCGGAAUGAGGUGUGCCAACUGUAAAGUUUGGUGGAGGAGGAAUAAUGGUUCAGGCUAAGCCCCUUAGUUCCUGUGAAGGGACAUCUUAAUGCUACAGCAUAUAAUGACAUUCCAGACGAUAUUGUGCUUCCAACUUUGUGGCAGACCCUUUCCUGUUUCAGCAUGACAAUGCCCCCCUGCACAAAGCGAGGUCCAUACAGAAAUGGUUUGUCAAGAUCGGUGUGGAAGAACUUAACUGGCCUGCACAGAACCCCGACCUCCACUCCAUCGAACCUUUGGGUUUAAUUGGAACGCAGACUGCGAGCCAAGCCUAAUCGGCCCACGUCAGUGCCCGACCUCACUAAUGCUCUUGUGGCUGAAUGGAAACAAGUCCCUGCAGUAGUGUUCCAACAUCUAGAAGAAAGCCUUCCCAGAAGAGUGCAGGCUGUUAUAGCAGCAAAGGGGGGACCAACUCCAUAUUAAUGCCCAUGAUUUUGGAAUGAGAUGUUCGACGAGCAGGUGUCCACAUACUUUUGGUCAUGUAGUGUAGGCCAAAUGUAUUAUAUACUAGGUGCUAAACAUUUUAGCUAUUUUGGGGGUGUUUUAGUUAAUACAACUAGACUACGAGCUUAACAGCACAGUUACUUGAUAUUGUAGAGACCUAGUUGCAUUUUGUAGAGAGACGUGUCUUUGUAAAUACUCCUGGAGAUUGGUAAUAUAUUUUUAUACCUGGAAAUUGUACUGUAGAUGUUUUAUUAUUUCUGCUCCAUUUAAAAAAAAAAAAAAAAAAAAAAAAAAAAAAACGUUUUAAACUGUAAUAAUUGUACAUAAUGCAAUAGGAAAAUAGUUAUUUCUUUAAAGGCUGUUAAGUACACCCUGUUCCUGUCUGACACUAGCUAGGUGCAUUUUACUGUCGCAGCUUCUGAUAGUUAAGAUGAUGAGGAAGUUGUAAGGUGUGUGUGUGUGUGUUUCUGUAUGUUAUCUUUGUGCUGCUGGCAAUAGGCGAGUAAUAACAGUAUUAUUAACCCCUCUCUCUCCAGUCUUCUGUCAGUCUGGCUAACUAACCUCUGCAUGUUAGUGUCCGCAGGGAUUGGAGAUGAUCAUGGUGAACUAUACAGUAGGACUGUUCUUCACGGUCUGUCUGAAUAGCUACCGGAGAGUGUGUGUGUGUGUAGAGGUCCAUUAUAACAUGGCAUCACAGUUUUUUUUUAGUUGAAUAAAAUGUUUAAUUAAACCUGUCAUCUCUAAUAAUUGCCUCUGACUUUAAGCAGUGGCUUGAUGAACCAGUGGUUAAGACACUGCACUGUAUUCAAAAGGGUUGUUGGUUUGAAUCCGGCAUGGGUGGGAUGUCUGUAGAGAUUGUGGUUGUUCUGUUAAAAUUGCAGUACUGAGCAGUGUACUGUUGACCAUGACGCCACAGAUAGUGAUACUGGUGCUCACCGACAGGACCUAGCAAGCUAUUGGGCUCCCUGUGCGACGGUUCCAUACACAUCUGUACUUUUCUGUGGCUUGGUCGGUAGAGCGUGGUUCGCUGUCUCUCUGGCCUAGUUUGUGAGCGCUGUUCUGGGGUUGUUCUUUAGCUGGUGCAGGCUGUGUAGGUUAUUCUUUAGCUGGUGCAGGGUGUGUGUGUUGAUCCAGAGCAGGGCUGUUGUGGUGUUUGGGAGGCUGUGUAACAGGCUUGUUUGGGAGGAAUGCAGGGGCAGCAGGCAGUGGUAGGGGCAUCUGGGACUGAUUUGCUGAGCAGAUUUGUGAGCAUGCUGCGGAAGGACCUACGACCCACCCAAUAAGUCAUCCUUCAGCAUUGUGUGUGUGUGUGUGUGUACAGUGCUGUCAAAAACAUGUUUUGUUGAAUGCAUUUCAUUUGGACAGGGAUGUAUGUCCAACUCGCAUGACUGUCUAUAAUGAACUGACUGCAUUGAAAGUCGGAUUAGAGAAUGUUAUUUACAUCUAGGACAAGCGCAACUGAUAAUUAAAGUAAUCAAUGACUGCUGACAUCACCUCUGGAAUAUUGAGGUAUGGAACAACAAAACAUUGAUCAAAAGCAAUAUUACCAGUAUCAGUCCACUGGGCCCUACAAUAACAUCAUGAAGCCUCUAGGCUAGCGGUAAUCUAUCAAUAAUUUCUCACCAACUGACGAGAUCUGGCGUUAGGUUUGUUAGUGUUACAUGAUCAAUGUCGUCUGGUGGUGACUGAAAUCCAUAGGUUUUGAAAACAGGUUAUGAUUCCGCCGAAGUGCCAGAUUCCUACUGAGAAUGUGUUUGGGUUAAUUACUUCUUUAUGAACCAGUAUAUUACUUGCUAGUUAUCCAACAACUUUGAUUUGCAGGGUGCAAGUUGGGAAGGAAGAAAAAGUUUUUUUUUAAAGAUCCCAAUCCAGAUUUUUUGGCUAUGACUAGUAUUGUCGAGAUCAAGAAUUUAGGUCUUAUAUCAAGAACAAAGGCAAUAACGUAGAACCCUAAAAUCACUUCUGGGAUACUUUUCUCGGGCCUCCGUUCCAAAUGGUUUUAAAAUAUGAAUGCUGGCAGAAAGCUUUCAGGGUAGUUAGUCUGAAACAGUUUCUUCUCUCUCCCUAGAAGAUCCUAGUCAUUUCAUUAUUCCGUAACUAUGGCUGUGGUGAUAAGGUCAGCUGUGGUUUGCAGUAGCCUGCAAUUCUAGAAUAGUUAUUGGGGGAAAAGCAGGAGCCACAUAAUCCAGAGUGGUUUCGGGUGAGGGACAGCAGUCAUGGUAGAGGAUCUAGGCUAACGCAGACGGCAGCACAUUGUGACAGGCUGUAGCCUCUUGUAAGGCAAAGUGAGCCAAACACAUGUGGCCCAUUCCGUGUGGGUGUCACUGUAUUCAUUGCCAUGAUCAUAAUCAGACUAAUUUCAUCAACACUCAUUGUUAAUCUUUCUUCGCAGCUAUCUGACGUGUAGGCUAACUGCUAAUGCUAUGUGUGUAGGAUAAACCACUAAUGAGAGAAGUCCUUUUUCUGUGAUCUGUGUUUGACCUCCGCUUGAGGGAUUCUCCCAUGGCGCUGUCAUGCGUGUCACACAUUGCGUGUUGUAAGGCCAGAAGCAUGUAUGGCAAGGCCUGUAACUUUUUUUCUCUCUCACACACUCACAUACAUGCAUACACACAUGUUGCACUCACACACACACACACAAAUUCAUUAUCUUUGGGAUUUGAUCAUAAGGGGUAUUUUUUACAUAAGAUUCACAAGCUCUGUCUUUUAUCAAGCAGAUUGGAUCUGAUUAGCCAGAUGCUCAUAAAUCAUGAUUUGGAUAGGCUGCUAAUUUGGAUUUGGCCAUCUUAACGCAAUACAGUCCAAGAACAUUGUGUCGUUUAGCGAUUGUGUUAAAAGAAAUGUCAUAAAAACGUUCUCCCUUUAAGAGAAUUUGAUUUUAAACUAUUCCCCUAUGGGAGGCGGACUGUUUAACUCUCCCAUACUUUAAAACCAACUUUGAGAAAGUGGAUCUAUAGCUGUUUACCACUCCAAGUAAACAGAGAGAAUGUUUGUGGCACGGUUAACAUGGGAAACAACGCCACAGGGUUUCACUUAUAGCUUGAACACAUACCUUAUAACUGCAUCUUUCCAGGGGGCCUCAGAUUAUAGCUAGCUGUCCUCCAACAAUGAAGAACGUGGUCUUCUGGGAGAAAAUGGUGGUCUUGAAUGACAUCAUGGAUUUACCACAAUUCCCAGAGGUGGCUCUAUACUGGGGAUGUGAGUUUCUCUCAUCACUUGACUCAUAAUAAACAUAUAGCAAAUGA